AUGACAGAGGUGCUACCCAAGCUUCAGGAAGACUUCAGGAUGCAGAAUAAGUCCGUCUUUAUCCUGGGUGCCAGUGGUGAAACUGGCAAAGUGCUCUUAAAAGAAAUCUUGGAACAAAACCUGUUCUCCAAAGUCACGCUCAUUGGCCGGAGGAAGCUCACCUUUGAGGAGGAAGCUUAUAAAAAUGUGAACCAAGAAGUUGUGGACUUUGAAAAACUGGAUGAAUAUGCGGCUGCUUUUCAAGGUCAUGAUGUUGGAUUCUGUUGCCUGGGAACCACCAGAAAAAAAGCUGGGGCGGAUGGAUUUGUUCGUGUUGACCGAGAUUAUGUGAUGAAGUCUGCAGAGCUGGCAAAAGCUGGAGGAUGUAAGCAUUUCAACCUGCUGUCCGCUAUAGGAGCUGAUAAGUCAAGCAGCUUUUUGUGCCUACAAGUUAAGGGAGAAGUGGAAGCCAAGGUUGAAGAAUUAAAAUUUGAUCGGUACUCCAUAUUUAGGCCUGGAGUUCUAUUAUGUGAUAGACGAGAGUCUCGCCCAGGUGAGUGGUUGCUCAGGAAAUUCUUCGGUGUCUUACCAGAAUCCUGGGCUAGUGCACACUCCGUGCCUGUGGUGACCUUAGUGAGAGCAAUGCUGAAUAAUGCCGUGAGACCAAGUGACAAGAAGGUGGAACUGCUGGAAAACAAGGCCAUCUACGCCCUGGGGAAAGCCGACGAAGCUCCCAAGCCAUAA